AUGCAAUCAGUCUUCGUCUUUCCUCUUCUCUCCUCUUAUAUAUUGAAUGAUUCAAAGCAAGACAGUCUAUCUCUUCCUUUUUUUUUUUGUCUUGGUACCAAGUCGUGGAGAUAGGAUAAGUAUCAAAAGUCAAUCCUCAUUCAAAUAUCAAUCAACUUGUUUUUCUUUUUUUAUCUUCCCAUUAGCUCAAGUUUUCAUUUCAGGAACUUCUUUAUCAAUAGAGGAUUGGUUUAUAUAGAUAUAUAUAUCAAACAAGGUACAAGAAGCAACAUAUGAUACGGACAAGAACAAAGGAUACUCUUUUUUUUUUUGGUUGACAAGA